AUCAAUAUGCAGCAAAAGCUCACACGUCUGUCAAUAAAAUCCAGAUAUUUGCAGAUGUUUGUAACGGAAUCUAACACAUUUGAUACCGAUAACAUGAAGUUAAGAUUAACUAAUAUGGAGGGGGUGGAUUGGAUUGUGGAUGUUCCUUCCACAUUUUCUGUAGACAAGCUAAAAGUGAUGGCACUUGGCCAUUUUUAUGCCCCAGCUCAAGAAUCCAGCAGCAUGAGAAGUUCUCUCUAUCACAGACUAUUGUGCAGCAGAAAUGGAAAGGUUUUAGAUGAAGAUUCAACGCUAGCAGAAGCCGGUGUUGAAAAUAAUGAUGAAGUCCUGCUGCUCAGAAGAAGAAUAGCCCCUUCCAGUGCUGUUGAAGCUGCCAAAAAGUUUCUCUCCCAACAGACCAAUACCAAGGAGGGUCCCACAAAAGAUGAGAUCAUGCGGGCCACCAAAGAUCUACCUAGUCCCAGUCCCACCAAGAUCCCUGAUGAGGGUGCUAAUGCAGUUGAUUUUCAGAGAGAGUUGAGGAAAAUUCUGAUUUCCUUGAUUGAAGCUGCUCAGAAGAUUCUACAUUUUAGUCCAGAUGCUGCAGAGAUCUUCAAAGAAACUGAAGAGUUCAUCCAAGGCCACGCCAAUGACGCACCUCCAAAGUUGGACAGUCAAGCCCUAAAGCAACUCCGUGAUAUGGGUUUCCCUGAACAGAGGGCAGCCAAAGCUUUACUUCUGAAUAGAAUGUCUACGGUGGAUGCCAUGGAGUGGUUACUGGAUCACGAGCAGGACACUGACAUUGAUGAGCCUGUGCCAGGGAUGUCCAAUUAUAAAGAGCCACGGCGGAAAAGUGCUGAUGUAUCUCAUCAGAGGACUAUGUCUAAGAUGCCAGGGAAAGUUUCAAACAUCUUGGAGUCUUACCGAGCAAUGAAAAGAAGAGAAUUCCGGCCAAAUCAAAGGGCUCAACAAAAUCUCACUGAGAUGGGCUUUGAGAUUAAAGAUGUAAGAGAGGCACUGCUGGCAACAGGGAAUAAUGAGGAUGCAGCAUGUGAGUGGCUAUUGGGAGACCGUAAAGCCCCACCUCCAGAGGACAGCCAGGAAGGCCUAGACGUGGACGGGCCAAUCUACAAGGCAAUCAUGUCGAACCCGGUCGUACAGUUAGGUUUAAAUAAUCGAAGAAGUUUAUCUGCAUUUGUGAGUAUGUUGGACAAUCCUGCCACAACAAGUCAUUGGUUGAAUGAUCCAGAGACUGGACCGAUGCUUGUGCAGAUAUCGCGGAUAUAUCAUGCAGAGAAAAAUGCGGCAAAUUCUAGAGUAUUAUCAGCAAGUGGAUUCAGCUAGUAAACACUUCAUGUACUCUAUUUUCACUUUUAUAACGUCAGUGACUUAUAUUCAUGUGCACCACUGGUAUAUUUCUGCAUGAGAUUGUCAGAGAAAUUUUAGAUCAAGCAUUGAUGGUCAGUCAGCCUGUAGCAAGAAGAUACUCCAGUCUAACUGUCACCAAUGUAAUGCAAGUUCAAUGCAAUGCUCACCUGCUUGUGCAAGUUCUUUCAAUUCAAUGCAAAGAGGCAUAGGAAUCAAGUAUACUUGAGUUUGAUUGAUGUUAUAAAAGUGAAAGGAAAGUAUCAUGAUAUAGGUUCAGACUAUUGUAGCUGGUAAUGUACAUACAUGUAGAUUGUGAUAUAGGCAUGUGAUGUGGCACUACCCAGUGUGGAAGAGUUCAAGAUAUCCUUGACAUAUCUGGAAGUGCCCCCUGUCGAGAUACGAAAAAGCAUGUCAUUGGUAGAGUUUAACACCUUCAGCGCCGAACCACGUAAAUCUACGUGGCCUAAAUCCCCCUCUUUGAGCUGGUUAUGGGAGUCUCAUGGACUUCAUGAAAGAACUACGCCAUCGCCAUCUUCAGGGCAAGGGAGGCACUGAAUAGACCGUUUGAUCUUUUCAGUUCCUACCGUGCCCUGAAGAUGGCGAUGGCGUAGCUCAACUUUAAAUGACUUCAUGAAAGAACUACGCCAUCGCCAUCUUCAGGGCAAGGUUGGAACUGAAAGGACCUUGUCUUUUCAGUUCCAACUUUGCCCUGAAGAUGGCGAUGGCGUAGUUCUUUCAUGAAGUCCAUGAGACUCCGAUAACCAACUCAAAGGGAGGGGGAUUUGGGCCACGUAGAUCUCCGUGGUUCGGCGCUGAAGGUGUUAAUAGUUCUCAAUGUUGCUGUAUCAGAGAGACUGACACUUUACAAUUAUUGCCUGUGCUAUUAGAUAGACUUGAUACUUUUCAAUUGUCUGUGCUAUAAGUUGUAACAUUCUUGGACAAUGUCUUGUAAUUACAUGCCUCCUACUUUAUAGAGGAGGAUUGCCUUGAGAUGUAAAGAAUGGCUGGUACUAGUGUUGUUCAUAGACUUCCUGUGCAGACGGCGUUGUAGAUAUUCACCUGAAAGUGUGUCUUCACAGUCUGUUGGUAAAAUUUGUGUGUGCAAUUGCCGAGGCUUCAGGUCCACCUGUCACAUGACUGAUAUUUCGACAGACCAAGGACACUACCUCCUUGGACUUUUGGAGAUGAGGACAUAUUGGUAAGCUGGCAAUGAUUGGAGAGAACAGCAUUUUUCAAAUGCCUGUGCUGUAAAUUGGUAUAAUGCUUUAUUGAUUUUGUGCUAUAAAAAUUUAUGUCUAGAUUUCUUAUGAUGUUGUCUUCCUGUUAUUAAAAUGUACAAGAAUUUAGUAAA